AUUUACCGCCUGUCUACCAGCAGCUCUCAAGAUCAAGAUCUAGUUGGACAUUUGCCUAUAGAAUUAUCAUUUCUGCUGUGUAAAUUUUUAUCUCGUGAAGGUUGCAGCUUAGAAUUUUCACCGACAGGAGCAAGGUUUCUCAAGGACGGACUUGUGGUUCCCGGGCGGUAUACUGCUUUGUCUAACCAUAAGAAAAUGGUGACAAUUCUUCAUAGAGAACUAGAGCGCAAAGUUGAGAAAGUUAAGCAUAUGAAAUUGGAGGUCAUAGGGCCGAAGACCAAAAACAAUAUGAACUUCCAGCCUGAAUAA